CACGCGGCUGGACUGCUUUAUCACGACGGGUUUGGAGUUAGCGGUUCUCAGGUACCUCCUUAAAAUAUUUGUUUUACACUUAUAAGAAGUACCUAAAGAACAUACUGAAGAUAAUAAAAUGACAGAGCGGGUGAACAACUUCCCUCCGUUGCCUAGUGUUAUACCCAUCAAGCCCUGCUUCUACCAAAAUUUUGAGGAGGAGAUCCCACCGCAGUACCGGCAGCUUGUCCGCAGAGCCUACAAUCUCUGGAUGUUGUACUCAGCCACGCUGUGUGUGAACGUAAUUUCCUGUAUAGCCUGGUGGGCAGGCGGUGGUGAUGGUGUGAACUUUGGCUUCUCACUGCUCUGGUUGCUGAUCUUCAGCCCUUGCAGUUACACUUGCUGGUUUAGACCUCUCUACAAGGGUUUCCGGGCAGACAGUUCCUUCAACUUCAUGCUGUUUUUCUUCGUGUUCUUCUGUCAGUGUGUUUUCGUGAUUAUCCAAGCUGUUGGCAUCUCUGGCUGGGGAGCUUGUGGUUGGCUCGCCACCGUGAUGUUUUUCAGUAAGAAUGUGGCCUCUGCUGUGGUGAUGCUCUUCUCCGCCGUGCAGUUUACCAUAGUGGCGGUGCUUAUGGUGGUGCUUCUCGUCAAGGUGCACCAAUUUUAUCGUGGUGGCGGGGGCAGCUUUCAGCGUGCACAGGAAGAGUGGAGCAGCGGCGCCUGGAAGAGUGCUCCUGUCCGUGAUGCAGGCUUUAAUGCUAUCGCCAGCAGCGGCUCUAAUCUCCCCCAUUACCCAGCUGCUGUACCGAGCUACCCUGACAACAGCAGCUGGUGAUGCCACAGCCAACCACUUGGUGCAGACAGAGAGCAAAUCCUCUCUUUUGCAUACAAGGAGCUGAAGCGUGGAUAGCUGUCUGACAGCACAGAGAAACAAUGUCACCACACAAAGUUGUUUGUCAUGAAGUUAAGAUCGGAUAAACAAAGAAAAGUCAUGCACUAAAAAAACACUACCAGAAGAGUUACUGUGCAUUUUAUUGUCACCAACUGCAGUUCUGGCUAGUUUUAAUGGAAAUGAAAUGGACCACAGACACAAUGCAGUGACUGCAGUGUCAUAUUCAAAUACUUUCUUUUUUGUUACUGUAGAAUCUAUGUUCCUUUUUAGGACCUUACUGGAGUCUUAGUCAAGCACAUAAUUUUUCAAGAGCUUUGCUGUUCAUUGGAAAUUCAGCAUGAUAUUCUUAGAUUUAAGUGACAGAAUAGUUUUAUUUGAUAUUAUAUUACAGGUGUUUGAAGAGCUCUAUUGCUCUGUUUUUUCCAUGGAGAAUGCUGGAAAAAUUCCAUGCCAUUUUCCACAAAUGAGACCCAUAGUAGCGUACACUUGCAUUUCACAGUCUGCAGAGUGAAAACAACAGUAUCAUGUGGUCUGUUUACUUAACACAAUACACUUCAGAGAUUUUCUUUGACAAAAAAACUGGUAAAUAUUUAUUUACUGGUGAAUGAAUAUUUAUAGCACAGGUGAUUCAUGAGAGUGCCUGAUUAACACAUAUAGAGUGAAGUAUGCCUUUUAUCCUCUUUCUCAGCUCUGCUUGUAAGUGCACUUAUUUUUUGUUAUUUUGCAAAAUACUCUUUACAAAAUACUUUUUUAGAGACUUCUUACUAACCACUGGAGACAUGAUGUGCUGAUGUUAAAGUAAUGCAAGAUUCUCUGUGGCAGAAUGUAGUUUUUUUUUAUGAAGAACCCCUGACUGCUGCACAUUGCCGGAGCACAAUCUUAAUCUAUAAUUUGACGUUUCUUGAUAUGAAGCAAGGUUCCUUCUUUUUGUACAUUCCCAUUACUACACGGUAAGAGGCAGAUGCUGGUGACUAUAACAGUGAUUUGAAGCUCUUCAGCACUGGAAUGGUCUUACAUUUCUUUCCCUCAGAAUCAUUACAGAUGAUGGCUUCUCUACUGAACUUUUAACACGGUGACCCUGCUUGCCUCUCUUGCCUUAUCCUAGGGCCAAAACAGUCUCUGUCAGCAUCAUCAUUCCAGCUCAGCUUAUCUUAGCAUUCUCUCAGUUGGACAAUCAUGUUUACAACCUGGGUGGUGGAAUUCAGCCACUCAAAAUAUGUGACUAGAAGUUUACUGUCAUUAAGCUUUUUUCCUCAAAGUGUGUCUCUCCAUCUCUAAGGGUGGGUAUGCUUCUAUUUUUUUAAUUUUUGAAGUGCCCUUUAAGUGUAUUAGUUAGGAACCUUUUGUUUAGACAUUCCAUUGAUGAAUUUUUAAUGUUCAAUUUUUAACUGACAUUUUGUAAAAAGGACAUUUCAGGAGUAAAGUAUUAAACCAAACCCCUGGCUGUGCCUGGCUAUAAUAUGUAACAUGUAUAAAUCCUUAUUAACUUUCACUAUUCUGAAUGGACUCUUCUCUGCAACACCACUUCUGCUCCACCUCUCUUUUGUCCAAAAGUAUUGAAAGGGAGGCAGGGUUCAGGGUCCUCAGCAACCUUGCUCAGCAGCAAGUGUGACCCCUUCAUCAAGCUCUAUGAGGAACAUUAUACUAAGUCUUUGCCUGAAUGCAUGAGCACAACUUAAUACUUCUAACUCCUGAAUGUGCUCUAUUGAUAAAUAUAUCUAAAUGAUGCCUAAUGUUAUGUCUUCUGACAAAAUAAACAAAUUCGUAAGCUUUUAAAAUAUAUUGUGUGUGAAAGCUUUCUGAAUUUUUUGUAAUGAAGAAUAAAUAUGUGUAUCUUUAUGGCUGCCAUUUUCCCUGACUCAUCUAUCUCAAUAA